AUGGGCUCAGGGAGGACGCUGAAGUUCGCCCUGUGCGAGGUGCUGCAGUUUGCGGGCCUGUGUGUGCCACUUUUCAUCGUCAUGCAGAGGUUCGCCGUCAUCGUAGCGAAGGUCAAAACCUCGGCGCAGCCCCCCGGCGACGCCAGCACGGCCUACUGGUUGAUUGUGGCCUCCUCCAUUGCCUAUGUGACCUCCACUGCCCUGCUGGUCUGGGUACCCCUGAAGUACAUGGUCUUCAUGAAGAAGAAGUUCCUCAUUGGGAGGAAAAAGUGGAGGCCUGUGGCCCUCGUAUAUGUGAUCCUGUCAACAUUACCCUGCUUUGCCUUCCUCAUCGCCAGCUCUGAGGUUCAGAUAAAUAACAACAUGAAAAAUGACACAUUCACGGAGCUCCCUGUAUCGCUAGUUCUCUUCUCUCUCAUCUGUAUUGACGUUGUGGAGAGGAUACGCUACUGCAGACUGACUGGCCACGCUAAUGACAUGGAGAGGGAUGCUGACAUCCCCUCCACUGUCCUCACACAUGUGGAACAGGUAACACCAGUAACACCUGUCUCUCCAGCUGUGCCGGGGCCAGCUGUGCCCAGGCCAGCUGUGCCAGCUCCCACGCCACCGGGAGCAACCCAGCUCAAUGACAGGAACCAGAAUGGAGCAGGGGCUCAACCAGAGACCAACGGGACAGUCCCAGGGAUUCCAGGUAAUCCCGGGAGACCAUUUAGCAUCUCUGGAUUGAGCUCACGAUCAGCGAGCACCACAGCGUACCGCAUACCUCCGUACGCCUACACGGGUCCACUGAGGAUCCUGUGUGCCAGCGACGCCCGAGCAGAUGUGUUUGUGGACAGCUUUAUGUUCUGGAUGGAUACAGUGGAGAUGGUGAGGGUGGCAGGACAUCCCCUGGUCUACUACUCAGGCUGGGUGUUCCCUAUCUAUAUCUUCAGCUACCUGUCUUGCCUGCGUGUGGUGGUCAUGCCCCACAGCCCCCUGCUUUCCUCACUAGGAGUGGCCGUGCAGGACUUACCCUUCUUCUUUGUGCGUGUUGGCCUCAUUGCCUUCUUUGGGUUUGUCACACCCAUCCUCUAUCUGAUGAAGAACCUGUUGGUCUGCCUGGCCUUUGUCUACUUCAACUUCAUGACUAAGCUGAGGGUCUUCAACACGGAGAGGAUGUUCUUUUGAGACCAAGACAGCGAAACAUUAAACAUAUAGUAGGAGUAACAAGUAGGAUACUAGGGUUCAGGAGGUGGUUGCACCAGCUCUUCACAAGUUCAAACUUUACCUACGUAUAACUCAAGUGUUUAUUAAGUGGGGAAUCACUAAAUUUUAACAGGUUCUACCAGACAAUGUCAUUUUUACAUAGAGAUUUGCUAUUAAAAGAAAAAGUGUGUUACUAGUAUGCACUGUUGGCUGACACAACUAAUGUUACAUAAGAUGGCACUUAAUAGAAGGCUGUUUAACAUUAUGUCAACUGGGAAGAUUUUAAAUUAACACAAUAUUCCUCAAAUUACAAAAUGUUGUGCUCAUAACAUCAGACUGAAUAGCUAAAUAGUGACAGUUAGGUUAGCAUAACCAGAUGUUUUCCCACUCUUUCUGAAAUGCAUGAAUGGGCUAGAGGAGAGCGGGGUUGGUUGUCACAUUCUCAGAGGUCACCCACAAGGUCAUUUCAGGAGUAAAGGCCUUUGCACACCAAGUAUGUAUUUUUUUUGUCCAAAACUGUUUUAUACGACCUCACAUUGUGUCAAUCAUCAUCCAAAACCUUCGUCAGCCAUUAUAUUUCCAGAACAGGUUUGAUUUUCUGCAUUGUUUCGCACCAGUCAUAUGAGAAAAGCACACAGACAGAGAGGAGGGCACAACUCUGCCUCUUGUAGUGCUAAAUGCAAGAUACAGGCAGAGAGUGACGACAGCCUGCGGAUGAACAUCCAGUGGAGAGAAGCAGGGGAGAAACUCUCCUUGUUCUUGACACCUUAGACCCAAUAUCUAUUUUUUCUUUUAAUGCUUUCAAGUGAAAGGACCACAGAAUCAUCCUCACUGCACGAUGACUCCGUCUCAUAUUGUGAAUUAUGCAACAAAUAGAGUAAUAAAUUGCAUAAGACUCAGCGUGCAAGGUUUCUAUGUGUAACAAUUUGAAUUGUAUGGCAGACUAAAAAACUCAUUCAGACUUGGGGCCUUACGGGUCGAUACAGACCAAAUCAGGCGCCAUAAUGCGGUGGCCAAUCUGGUGAUCAGACCAGUCAAACUGCUCCACAGUGAAACAAAUGCUAUCCAAAUGGAGUUCAUGGACCAAACUAUCAUACCCUCCCAGUUUUCUUUACUUCCCAAAACCCUUUAAAAAGUGUGUGAAACAUAUUUUUCUCCAUAUAUAAAUGAACAAAGAAGCAUUCACAUAGGUUACGUAGAUAAGAUUAAUAUAUCAUUUCAGUACGGUCCAACCUGGUUUAGCAAUCACUAACUAGCUCAUUGAAAGAACUUUAGGCUUAAAGGAUUUAAGAAAAGCCAGUGCAACCAAAGUAUGAAUUUGUGCGACACAGAAGAGAUAUUUUAUUAAAAUGCAUGAUGGUACUUUUCACAGGCCAAAAGGGAGCUCUUAGGCAAUGUUUUCCCAUACAGGACGUUAUGUCAAAUGACUGUUGUGUUGUGUAGUAUUUACCUUUAUGUUCAAAUAUAGUUUUUUACCCCUCAACACCCCCCUCCCCCUCACCAAGCAUGGCACUUUGGGAAUGUACCUGUAAUGUCAAUUAAAGAUUUUUUUGGCAGAUUUUUUUCUACCAUCAUAAAGUGCAGUGAAUAUGUAAAAAGCAUAAAUCCA